AUGAAGUUCUUAUCGGCCGGCCUCUUGGCCCUCACGGCUCCUCUUGCCAGUGCGGCCGCGUUCUCACUCUUCGAUCCCUCGCAAGUCUCACUGAAGACCGAUGACUCCAAGUUUCCCGUCGAGGGCGAUAACCCACUGAACUACUGUGCCGACCCGACCAGUUACCGCCUUGAAAUUGAGUCGGUGGAUCUCACGCCCAACCCCCCUCUUGCAGGUGAGAAGUUGAUCAUCUCCGCCACAGGUACCUUGCUCGACCGAGUUGAGAAGGGCGCCACAGUGAACCUCGAAGUGAAGUGGGGUCUUAUUACCUUGAUCAAGCAGACUGUCGACCUCUGCGAUGAACUCAAGAACGUGGAUAUGUCGUGUCCUCUGGAGAAGGGCAAGAUGGUUCUGACAAAGGAGGUGGAACUGCCCAAGCAGAUUCCUCCCGGCAAAUACUCGGUUCUGGCUGAUGUCUACAACAAGGACUUGAAGCAGGUCACCUGCCUCAAAGCCGACGACAUUCAAUUCCACUUAUGA